GGGCCGGGCCGGGAGGCUCCGGGGCUGCUCCUGCAGGCGGCGCAGGGCCGGGAACGGAGGAACCGGGGCCGGGCAUGGGGUGGGCGCUGCUGGGCGCGGGGCUGCUGCUGGCGCUGGGCGCGCUCCUGCGCCACCGCCUGCGCGCCCCCGCGCCCUACCGCUCCCGUCCCGAUCUGCGGGGCCGCACGGCCAUCGUCACGGGGGGAAGCGGCGGCAUCGGCGAGGCCACGGCGCGGGGCCUGGCGCGCUGCGGGGCGCGCGUGGUGCUGGCGGCGCGCUGUGCGCGGCGCGGGGAGGCGGCGGCGCGCCGCAUCCGCACGGAGACGGGGAACCCGGAGGUGCUCUUCAUGCCCCUGGACCUGGCCAGCCUGCGCUCGGUGCGCGCCUUCGCCAGCGCCUUCCUGCGCCAGGAGCCCCACCUGCACCUCCUGGUCAACAACGCCGGGGUGAGCGCCGGGGGGACGACGGAGGACGGCUUCAGCCUCACCUUCCAGGUGAACCACCUGGGCCACUUUCUGCUCACCCAGCUGCUCCUGGAGCGGCUGCAGAGCAGCGCGCCCAGCCGCGUGGUCAUCGUCGCCUCCUCCGCGCACCGCGCCGGCCGCCUGCGCCCCGCCGCGCUGGGCCGCACGCCCCCCGGCCCCCUGCCCACCUUCCAGGGCUACUGCGACAGCAAGCUGGCCAACGUGCUGCACGCCCGCGAGCUGGCCACGCGCCUGCAGGGCACCCAGGUGACCUCCUACGCCGUGCACCCAGGCUUCGUCAACACGGAGCUGUUCCGCCACCUCCCGCUCUGGCUGAAGCCGCUCUUCGUGCCCUUGGCCUGGCUCUUCUUCCGCGACGCCGCCGAGGGCGCCGAGACCUCGCUGUUCUGCGCCACGCAGGAGGGCCUCGAGCGCUUCAGCGGCCGCUACUUCGCCGACUGCCGCCUGCAGGAGCCGUGGCCGCAGGCCCGCGACGACGCCAUGGCCCGGGAGCUGUGGGAGGCCAGCGAGAGGCUGGUGGGGCUGGCGCCGUGACCCCCUCCCUGCUGUCCCCCCGUAUCCCCGGUGCAAUAAAAGUGAGCGUCC